CAUUUUUUGCCUUCUGAGCUUUUUGUCCCAAACGCGACCUCCAAUUCCUCUCGAAUUCCCAAUUCCCACAAGGCUGCCACUGCGUGCGUCGCAACUCCGAGUGCAUGAUAUUUCGCCUCGCUUCUCUAAACUUCUUUUUGCCGCCCAUAAAUCUGUCAUCUUGAUGUUUUGCAUGGAAAGAUUUUUUCUUGGACAGAUUAGGGCAAGCUAUUUAUUUAGAAGAUUUUUGAGUAGCAGAAGCAGUAACUAUGAUCUAGCCAUUGCGGAUUUGAAUAAGGAAAUGGAGUCCAUUUUUGGAGACCCUCCUUUACGAGGUGACCCGCACGGCGAGCUUCCUUCAACCAGCGCCAUUGAUGAAUCUACACUUCGUGAAUAUCUAACUUUUUCCUCAUCGAACGAACACAAGCACGGUUUCUCCCAUGUCGAUAAUGGCGGAAAAGCCCGAAUGGUUGACGUCUCCUCGAAGGAAGAUACUAGCCGAAGAGCCGUCGCCAGUUGCAGAGUGCUCUUGGGGAAGCAUGCAUUUAGCCUAGUGGCAGCAAACCAGAUUGCAAAAGGUGAUGUAUUGAAUGUGGCAAAGAUUGCAGGAGUCCAAGGAGCUAAGCAGACCAGCAACCUCAUCCCUUUGUGCCACAACAUUGCUCUCACCCAUGUUGAUGUCGGUCUCGUUUUGAAUGAGGAGGAUUUCAGCGUCGAGAUUGUGGGAGAGGCGGCGACGACGUCAAAAACUGGUGUUGAGAUGGAAGCGCUGACUGCAGUAGCAGUUGCCGGGCUUACCGUGUAUGAUAUGUGUAAGGCUGUGACCAAAGGAAUUCAGAUUACAGAUGUCUGUCUUGAGCGGAAAAGUGGAGGGAAGAGUGGCAGUUGGUCCAGAAAAGUUUCAUUAGUUAGUGAUGAUGAUUGCAGUUGAAAGGAAGAGAUUCUUUGUUUUUGGAGCUGCUGCUUUGGUUUCAAUUGUUGGAACGUUUUGGUGACUUGGUUUAGUUAAGCGGCAAAAAGUUUGAGCUUUUUAACAUUUUGAUUGCUAAUUUUUUUAUUGGAAAACUGAGUUUUAGUGACAAUUAAGUUAAAAAUUAGUGGUUAGAAUGUCUU